AUGAAGCGGGUUCUCCUCACGUCGUCUCAGGUCUCCAUCAUCUUGACGGGCAUUGUCAUCUUCUUGUGUACCUUGGCGCUCUUCCUCAGCGGCUACGUGAUACAGCAACGAACAGUCAACGACCUGCGCGAGGCCAUCCGACCGCGGCCUCGGCCCGUGACGAAGCCGCACCUGCCGGCGCGCUUCAAGUCACGCAUCACCGAGCUCGACGACGGCUCCAUCGUCUUCUACGAGAGCGAGGCGGACGAGGAGGCACGGCAGGAGCGGCAGCACAUUGAGAUCCGCGAGACCAAGCCCGAGCCCGGGCCUGAGCCCGAAGAGGUGCGCGCCCGCCAAGAGGAGGAGAUGAGCAGGGCGACGCAGAAACAGCGGCAGAUGCUGCGGGACAUCCAGAGCAAGGUCGCGCAGCAGUCGUGGGCGGUGGAGAACCCAGACCCGUGGGCGAAGAGCAAGGUGCCCGUGGAUGCGGUAGAGCGCCGUCAAAUGAUUAGGGAUGAAUUGAAGCGCCUCUCUACGAGCGACGGGCCGGUUCCCUGGUCGAAGCGCAUUUGGUACUAA